AUGACGGACUCAUACGCUUCCACUGGCAACGGCGAUGCUUCCCUCCUCACGCCCAACGGGUCCAGCAAGAUGAAUGGUUCCAGCCCGUCAUUGCCGACCACGUCCAAUGAGGCCGGCGGUGCCUCCAUCAUCCGCAAAAAGCUCAUGGGCUUCGUUGGCUUUGCAAAUCUUCCCAACCAGGUGCACAGAAAGAGCGUGCGGAAGGGAUUCCAGUUCACUACCAUGGUCGUCGGGGAGUCCGGUCUCGGCAAGUCGACGCUCAUCAACACACUCUUCAAUACUACGCUGUACCCUCCUAAGGAGACUCUCCCACCCAGCGCGGAGAGGCCCUCGACUGUCGCUAUCGAGAGCAUAAGCGCUGAUAUUGAAGAGAGCGGUGUUCGUCUUCGCCUGACGGUCGUCGAUACACCCGGUUUCGGCGAUUUCGUUAACAACGACGAGAGCUGGAAGCCCAUCGUUGAGAACAUUGAGGCGCGGUUCGACUCGUAUCUAGAACAGGAGAACCGGGUCAACCGCCAGAAAAUCAUGGACAACCGUAUUCAUGCCUGCUUGUAUUUUAUUCAACCAACCGGUCAUUCAUUGAAGCCUAUUGACGUCGAAUGCAUGAGGCAACUUCACACUAAAGUCAACCUCAUUCCCAUUAUCGCGAAGGCAGAUACCUUGACUGACGAGGAAGUGGUAGAGUUCAAGGCGCGGAUCCUCGCCGACAUUGCUUAUCACAACAUCCACAUUUUCCAAGCGCCCGUCUACGAGAAUGAGGAUGACGAAGCCAUCGCGGAAGCUGAGGAGAUAGCUAGCAAGAUCCCCUUCGCAGUCGUCGGUUCCGACCAAGAGGUGACGACACCUGACGGACGCAAGGUCCGCGGCCGUGCGUAUCCAUGGGGUGUCGUUGAAGUUGACAACGAAGAUCAUUGCGACUUCGUGAAACUCCGACAAAUGCUCGUCCGCACAUACAUGGAGGAGCUCCGGGAGUACACCAACGAUGUGCUGUACGAGAACUGGCGAACAGAGAAGCUCAUCAGCAUGGGUGUCAUCCAAGAUUCCAGUGUGUUCAAGGAGAUCAACCCUGCCAUCAGGAUACAAGAGGAGCGUAUCAUGCACGAGGCGAAGCUCGCGAAGAUGGAGGCGGAGAUGAAGAUGGUGUUCCAGCAGAAAGUGCAAGAAAAGGAGGCGAAGCUCAAGCAAUCAGAAGAAGAGCUGUACGCCAGACACCGGGAGAUGAAGGAAGCUCUAGAGAAACAACGGCUGGAUCUCGAGGACAAGAAGCGUCGUAUCGAGGCUGGCCGUCCGUUGACUCCCGAGAAGAUACCUACUGGCAGGAAGAAGGGCUUUCUCCGUACUUAG